AUGAAGUUCGCAUCACUUGUUCCAGCCUGGGCAGCUCUAGUCUCUGUCUGCAGUGCUGCUGUAACGACCAAGGCUGUCUCUGCUUCCGUUACCUUUGACAACACUAGGAGAUUUUUGUUCGAUACGAACGGCAGACAGAUUGACGCCUAUGGCUCCAAAGUAAACAACUUCAACGGCAAAUACUAUCUUUACGGCAACUCAUUUUCGGAAACUGGAGUCGCGUAUGGAAUCAAAUCUUACUCUUCUGUCGAUCUUUUGAAUUGGCAGUACGAAGGCUUCCUGUUCAACCCUGCUGGCAACAAUAACCCUUGCGCUGGCUCAGGAGGUUGCGGACGCCCUCACAUCGUCUACAACCCAAAAAACAAGAACUAUGUUCUUUGGGCUAACGCUGGAUCCCCUGGCUACGUUAUCGCUACCUCUUCAUCGCCAUCUGGUCCUUUUGUCUUUUCGACAAACAGGGCACUCAUCGAUCCUGCAUUUGAUUCUCUCCAACCUGCAGAUUUCACCGUCGAAGUCAUCGACGGAGAAGGCUAUAUCGUUUUUUCAGCACUAAACUUCAAGUCUCCCGAUGCCGGAAGUUUCUGGCCUCCGAUUUUCCAGAAUAUGCACGCGAGUAAAUUGACAGCGGACUUUAUGAACACGACUAGAGUUUCUUGGCCAGUCGUGUCGAAUGCGAAUGAUCUCAUUGACAAUGAAGCCGAGAGCCCGGAUAUUUUCAAGAGCGGGAAUACUUGGUAUGUUGCUGCGAGCAACACUUGCGGGUAUUGCAAUGGAUCAAUUGCGUUGCUUUAUCGCAGCAACAGCAUCCAAGGACCUUGGACCCGUCAGAUCUUGGAAGGGUAUUCGUGUAAUGGACAGGUUGAAGGCGUGUUGCCUUUGACGAACCCAUCCACUGGCGCAGUCACCAAUGUUUGGCACUCGACUUCAGUACCCGGAGGUCCUCGCACAGGCUUCGGAGGCCAUAUUUUCCAGCCGUUGAACUUUAACGCCGAUGGCAGUGCUAAAAACCUCGAUUGCUCGACCACUGCAACGUUCCCGGUCACCUUUACCAAAGGCAAUGGCACUGCUGCAGCUGGCAAUGCGACAAAAGCAGUAGAUGCAACGCCCGCACUUGCCGUCUACAACCCCGUCUGCGAUUCCGACAGUUUCAUCCUCUAUCAAACCUGGACGGCCUCCAAAGCAGGAACACUGAAAAGCGUAUCCCUCAACAUCGCCCGCGGCUCCCAAACCGUUCCUCUGGCUCUCACUGUCUUCAAAAUCCCCUCUGUCAACGACAUGUUUGUGCCUGAAGUCAAGUGGACGGCUCUGGGCUCUGCAUCCUUCAACGCAAAUCAGACUACCUAUGUUUUUGACACGGUCACUGUGCCUGUUACUUCCAAUGCUACUGUUGCAAAGGGAGAGUUGUUGGGACUGUCGAUUUCUGGAGCUGAUUACUCACCUUGGUGUCAUUUGGAGUCUGAUACUGCGAACGGGCGUGGAUUCAAGUUGUAUCAACAGGGUCAGGGUCAGUAUUCGUGGAGAGGGCUGCAAGGCAGGAAUCCACCGGUUUACGAGAGACAGGGCAAGAGUGUCAAGUUUUUCGCGACGUAUGCUUGA